UCCUCCUGCCGCCUCGGGGGCUGUGGAUGGAGCGUGGCCGAUCCUAAACAGAUGGGCCUUCGGGGACCCACAGCCGAUUCUAGGAUCCGAGAAGCGUCAAGCCACCUCCCUUGCGGAACAGCGGCGUGGGGCACGCGGACAAAGCCCCACGAGCCCCAGUCUCCGAGAAGCUCUGGCCUCCGCUACUCCGGCCUGCGGCCACGGCCCUGUACGGCGCUCGCGCCCCUCGCAGCCACGCCCCCGCCUCCUCAUAGGCUCCCCCGGCACACGUGCGAAGGAAGAUGGGCGUGGCGGGCGUGGCCAGCCUGGCGGCCCGGUCGCCCUGUGGGCCUGAGAGGCCCCUGACUCGGCCCCGAGGCCGCAUGGAGAGUCUGGCGCUGGGCCAGUGGCGACGGCGGAAGCCGGAGGAGUUGCCGGUUCCGGGGGACGCGAAACGGGCGUGCAGGAGGUCAGAAGCCAUCGGGCAGGAGCGUGGCUGCCACCAGGAGAGCACAUGCACCCUGGCAUCCUGGAGCACAGAGGACCAGGGCCCUCCGUCAAGAGGCUGCCCCUCUGCACUGCAGCCAGGAGGUGGACAGGGCAGGCAGCGCUCAGUGAUUCCUCAAAAUGGAGGAAGGAGCUCAGCCCAGCCUUGCCCAAGAUGUAUCGCGGGGGAGUCUGGGCAUUUUACCACACUGAGAACUGUUAGAAGAUGCAAACUGGAAAAGGGAAGAUUCCCAAUUUCGGCUCUGAAUCCUCCAUGUGACAGCAAAUGUAAAUCCCUUACAGAUGGGGUUGGGCGCCCACCUGUUCAAACAGCAGCCUGGCGCUCUCUGCUGCGGGAUUGUUUACCUCUCGUUCAGGCCAUGCUCCCUGCCGGGAACGUCCGCGGCACUGACCUGUGGAAGAGCCAGCCUGUAAAUGGUGUGCUGUGUGGUCCUGGGGGAGUUCGAUGCUUCGGAGAAGGAGCAGGGAAGACACAGCAGUGCAGGGUCACCAGUGCAGUGCCCCUUGCAGGUGGAUCGUCCAGGAUCAAGGACACACUGCCAUGAAGCUGAGCGAGGCGCCAGGGCCAGAGCAGCCUAGACAACGCCAGCCCAUGCCCAAACAUCCACAGCUUUGUGCCAGAGCAGGAAAAGGUGUUGGGAUUUGUUCUUUAUGCACAAUUUUUUCAAAGAGUUGUAGUUUGUUAUCUUUUCAAAAUGAGAUACACACCAUGAUGGUUAUGGGGGAAAAAAAAUGCAUUAUUUUUGUGUGUAAACUUUUCCUUUUCCCCCAAACUCACAGAGAUGCCCAUGUGUCCAUGGCUGUGUAUUUUGGCAAAUGCAGCCUCACAGAAAUCACCCUGGUGGUUGAUAUGUGUGAAACAGCCCCCCGGCAUCAUCCUUCCCCGCAGAGGUGCCCACGCCAGAAUCUGCAGACCCGGGUCACACGUGGGACCUUGGUGUGUCCCCUUGGUCUCCCAUCUGCGUGGUGGGGGUAGAAGCUGUGGGUCACCUGGGCAUUGGAGAUGAGAGCCCAGCUGGAGGGCGUGGCUGCUGCUGCUGCAGAUCCCUGCAGAUGAGGCAAGUGUCCUCUGACAGCUGGGUCCUGGCGGGUACCACAGUGUGGAGAUGGCCAGAGGGAAGGAGACCGCCCGGGCGGGCCUGCCCAGCUCACCACAGUGCCCGCACGUCAGGUGGCAGAAGAGCCUGGACGGAGGGCUUGUGACAGGUCCCUGAAGGGUUGGCGUCCGUGUUUCCUCUGCCUUCUCAGGGCGGUGCAGGUGACCGGCAGAGUGCUCUGAAGGCCCGGCCUAGCCGCCCCUCCUGUGCUCGUGCCCCUCAGACCCACCCUACUCUGCUACCCUGCACCACCCGCCUCACCGUUGGCCGUGCUGCCCUCAGGUGUGGCAGUGUGGAGCACGACCUCCAGCCCACCUCCACUGCCUGGCUGUCAUGGAUGCCCCCGGCCUCUGACCCACCUCACCAGCUCCAGAAUCACCCCAGCCACCAGCACAGCAUCUGCUCCCUGACCAGCGCUCCUCUUUAAGGCCCGUAGCCCUAAAGCCGUGAGGCACGGUAGGAUUCCUCAUUUCAAGUGCCUUUUUACCCUCAUGGAAAUAACACCUGCCCAUCACGGAUGGACACAGAGGAUGCAGCAGGAAACAGGUAUGCAUCCCCAGUAGCCACCGCUGGCUGCUGGCACAGGGGCCCUCCAAUGUGGACUUCCUUCAAUGGUUCUUAAUGCUGCUGCGUACUGACACCCCCACAUCACCAUAGGCAGCUGUCAUCCUUAAAGGCGGGCAGGAUCAUCUGGCCAUCCCUCCCUGGAGUAGCAUUGUGCCCUGUUGGAACAGGCUGUGUGCAUAGGCUGCACCCUGCUGGGUGGCCUGGGUGGCCCCUGGGCAGGGCAGGUCCUCACCAGGACCACUCUCCCCAGCCACACUCUGGUCAGCACCACAGAUACCAAAGCAGAUCGGCUCACAGGCAGACCUGCGAGGGUCUUGCUAAAUUAGGCUUUGAUGCAGCCCAUGACGAGCAUGAAAUGGGAUCAUCCCUUAAAGCACUUCCUCUUUGUUUCUUGUCAAGAAGGAGGAAAAGACCUUUUCCUCACACCCUGAGGAAACAGACUAAGCAUUUUUGUUUGUAUUCCAUUAGAUAAAUUUUCGAUUUUCAUUUUGCAGUUUGUUUUUUAUAAUCUGUCACUGUUUAUUUUGUGGAGGGGCUGAAAAAACUGAAGUAUACAUACCUUUUAAUAAUUUCACAAAAUAAGUUUAUGGAUGCUUCUAAACCAACAAAUUAUAAAACACAUUUCAGAAAAUUUGCAUGUUAAGUUGUUAAUAAAGAUAGAUCUAUUAAUAUCA